CCUGAACCUCGUUACCCGCCGUCACAUCUUCUCACUGAACAAGCAAGAUGGCGCCUCGAGUCGCAGCUGUGCAAAGAGUUGUGUCACAGUGCGCCACCACAUCCGCCCCCGCGGUGUCGCCAUCACCAGCAGUCAGACUGGCGUCAACAUCGUCGUCGUCGUCGUCCUCUUCCUCUACAGACAUCAGAAAAGCGCAACGCAAGCCAACGAAGCAGAAUCGUGCCCCUCUCCCGCCGUCACAAAUGCGCUCGAGGGUAUCUUCUCGCGAUGUUCAGCUCACCACCAACUACCAGCGUCCCAAGACGAAUUGGAACUCUCCGCUGCACCGAGACGCGGUGCCCAUGGCCGACGACUACCCAAUCUCGUCUCCCUUGCCUUCUUCAGCGGAGAAGGCCGGCAGCCGUAGCCCGAACAUUGCCAUUGGACCUGGUGCAUCGAAUCAAACGAGCUUGCAGUGGGCAGAGAGGUCAUUGCAUCUUCGUCUUCAACCGGGCAGGCUGAAGGGCCCUUUGGUAGGGCAGCCGGGCACCAGGUACGGCGUUGAGUUUGAGAGGGAUGAGGCUCUACGAGCUACAGGAGCGACGGAGGGUAAAGGAUCGCAACCACUGAGCGACGAGAUCAAGGCCCGUCGCAAGCAGCUUUAUCUUGAGCGCAGAGGCGGGGACUACUCGCGCUUCCUUUCGAGCAACGUUGGCGCGACGGAGCUGGACGAGGAGGACUGGGAGGCGAAUGCGAGCCAUGCGCUGAGCUUUAAUUCGGAAUUGACGCCCAAUACGAGGCAGAGGUUUCUGGAUCAGGUCAACACGAUCCUCGAAGGGGAGCCUUUCAGAGCACCAGCUGCGCCGGCGGAGGAGAAGAAGCCUGCUGGUCGAGCAGCGCAGGCGGCGCCGGCGGCAGGCAAAGGGAAGGGCAAGAAGAAGUAGGCGCUGAAUGCAAGGAAGAUUGAUGCUCAAUGUAUGCUAGUCCCGUGUCAUUGCAACGACAUGAUCAUAUUUCCUUC